AUGAAAGAUUUAAAGCUUUUAUUUUCGAUUCACGGGACCAAACUACACAUGAGUCACAGUUUCACCUGCUGGUUUUAACAGACACAAUGAGUGACCUUCCCGUAAACCCGCUGGUUUUGAUCGGUGUCGGGUCCAGCUUUGCCUUGUCCGGCCUGUUUUAUCAUUUAUACCAAGAGAAGAAGAAAGAGUUGACAAAGCUGAAGGAAAUCCCCAUUUUCAGACCAGACCAACAGCUGGUACGAGUCCUGAGAGCAACUCCCUACAAGCGGCUGCAGUAUGUUGCUGUAGAAGGUAUGGUGCAGGCAGACGGGGAGCCCCUGGCCAGCAAGUUUGUCCCACGAUGCUUUGGUGUGAUUCAGAAGAUAACCAUGGAGGAACACUGGAAAUACUGGAACAAUCUCACCAGCACAUGGAAUUCUCGGAUGAUGAACAAGACAGAGACCAGCAACUCAGUCCCCUUCAGCCUGGUCAGCCCUGGAGCUUACAUCACUGACUUAUAUGUGAAGGUGCAUAACCCUCUGGAGGCCUCUGGGUGCUACCUGGAGAGGGUUUACCACAAAUUAAAGCAUGCUGAGGAGAGCUUGGGGAACAUUGCGCUGCAGGUCAUCGGUGGAGAGAAACCUGUGGCGAUGGAGGAAGGCGAGGAGAUGCUGCGGGUGGGGAGCACCAUGACCGGGUUCGGGGAGGUGGUGCUGGAGGGAGGUCAGGUGAUGAGGCUGCAGGCCCCACAGGACGGCCGCAAGUUCAUCCUGGUGCCGUCGGACUACAGGAGCUUUAUGGACAGACACGAGAGUUCAGCCAGCAUGUGGAAGGCGCUGACCGCUCUCACUGGCCUCACGGGGGCUUCUCUUCUCGCUGGGGUCAUUUACAACUUAGGUGGAAAAAAAGAUGACAGAUCAAAGUAGGAGGGUCCUGCGGGUUUCACCGCUGCAAAAGCUGCAUCAGAUGUUUCGUCCACUCAGCUUCCACAGCACAGUCCUGGUGUUCAGAUCAUUCAGGUGAAGGCAUGUUUAGAUUUAAUUCUCUGCUGACUGGUAUUUUCUUGUACGGUGCAUGUGGGGGGGAAAAACAGAACAACACAAAAACAAACAGAAAAACAUUUUACAAGACAUGUUAACACAACUUAAAACAUGAUGACGUUUGUCCAAAACAGAAGAAACUUGCAACAAUAUUUCUUGUUUGCAAACCCAGAUCAAUCAUGUGUUUUCUGUAACGUAAAAUGUUGUUUUCUAGGUUUAUUACUGUAUUCUGUGAAAUUAUGUUGUUUGGUCCAGGGUUGUUUUGCCCCCUGGGGGCCACCGUACUAACAGGACCACUUCAGAUAUGUAUGACCAUCGUUUUCCUUCUGGUUUUGAGCUUGAGUCUUUUCUGAUAAAAAUGCCAUUUUUGUAAUGAUUUUUUAAAUAAUUUUGUGUUAUAUCAUGUCAAAAAUGUAAUCAGGCUUUUAUUUUGAUCUUUUGCUUUUACUUUUCUUUACAAGGCUUUGACUGUGAAUCUGAUCAGAGAAAUAAUUCUCAGUCCAAGAUUCCAGUCAGUAUUUAGACCAGAUGGCUUGAAAUCCAUAUUAACUGUGAUUAAGUCAGUGUAGCUGCUUAUUGUCUACCUCUUUGAUGAUUGUACUAUGUUGUUCUAUGACCUGGAGUCAGUGUUCAGUUUAUAACUUAAAAAAAGGGCACAAUACACUGCUGUAACCAAUAUUUUUCAAAGGUGGUGGUUUUAGUCUUGUAUGAAAUAAU